AUGGCAUUACUGUUAGUUUCAGCCGGAAUUAAAGCUGGUAAGAAAGCUUAUAAAGCUUAUGACAACAAGCAAAAAGAUAAGAAGGAGAAGGAACUAAAGGAUAAUCAAGGACAAGAUGCUCCUGAUCUCAGCAGACUUGCGUUGAAUGACCCUUCAUACCCCGCACUCUCAAUCACAUCACAAAUCGUCCCUCAGGAGUAUGUCGAUGAAAAGAAAUCUAGGGAAUAUGAGGAUCACAAAGACUCGAACCUGACUGAGAAUCCAUUCGAAGCUCCUCCUCCUUCGUAUCAAACAGCCCUCGAACAACCUUCUUCGGCUCCAUCUCCUGCAGCUUAUGGUGGUGGAUUCGGUCCAUCUGAAUAUACUCCAAGACGAAGAGGGUCUACUUCCAGUUCAAUUUCGAGUUCUUCAUCUUCCUCGGACAGUGAGAGUCACAAUAAGAAAGGUCUUUCCAAGUCUGAGUACCGGGAUCUACGACGAAAAGAUAAAUACGAACGAAGACUCGCGAGGAGACAAAAAAAAAAACAACGACGAGCUGAUAGAGCUCAGAUGAGGUACGGAGGGAUGGGUGGUGGGUUUGGUGGUGGACCUGCCAGAAUUGGAGGACUGGGUGGUGGUCCUGUAAGCGUUGGUGGGUUAGGUGGUGGUCCUGUCAGAGUAGGUGGAUUAGGAGGUGGACCUGUAAGAAUCGGUGGGUUGGGUGGUGGACCAUUUGGAAAAGGUGGAAUGAGCGGUGGGCCAGGAAGAGGAAGGGGAUUAUAA